AUGGCCGACGUCGAAGCCGCUAAGCGCGCUGCCGCUAAGACCGCUGUCGCAAACCACUACCCUAAGGAUGCCCGCUGGGUCGGUAUUGGCAGCGGCACGACCAUCGUCUACGUCGUCGAGGCCAUCAAGGCCCUCGGCGUCGAUACCUCUGCCACCCGCUACGUGCCUACCGGUUACCAGUCCCGCCAGCUGAUUGUCACCGCUGGUCUGACGGCCGUUGAGUUCGAUGCUGUUCCCGCAGGAACCGUGUUGGAUGUUGCUUUCGACGGUGCCGACGAGGUCGAUGAUGAAUUGAACUGUAUCAAGGGCGGCGGCGCGUGUCUUUUCCAGGAGAAGCUUGUCGCUAUGCAGGCGAAGGAGUUCAUCUGUGUUGCUGACUCGCGCAAACUCCAGUCUCGUCUCCUCAGCAGCUGGAAAUAUAUUCCCAUCGAGGUCGCCCCUAUCGCUGCCUUCCGUGUUCUGCGCAAAUUGAAGGAACUCGGCGCCAUCGACCCCGUCGUUCGCCAGAACAUGGACGCCAAGGAGGGUCCGUUGAAGACGGAUCAGGGCUUCUUUCUCGUUGACGCACCCUUCCCGCCUAUGCUCACCAAGUCGGAUGUCCAGGCUGGUAAGGUCUCCGGCAAGGACAGCGUGUGGGAGGUGAACGAGCUGUCGGAGAAAAUCAAGUCUAUUGCCGGUGUUCUGGACGUGGGAAUUUUCUCCGGUCUCACUGGUCCCCAGGCUACCGCUGCUGGAGGUGUUGGUGGACAGCGGCCUGUUGCGGCAUACUUUGGUAUGCCCGACGGAUCGGUGUCGGUGCGCAAGGCCUCUUCCUAA